AUUCCAAAUUCCACACUAAACAACAAACCGUACAAAUUUUUUAACAUUGGAAAAACAAACCAUAAUACCACAUCACCCAUUCCACUCCCUCUUAUAAAUACCACACCCUAGAAUCUUCUCUUCACUUUCUUCUUCUGAAACGGAACCAUGACGAUGGAAACAGAGUCUCUCCGUUCCCAAUUUUCAUCCCCAAGUUUCAGCAGUUACUCUUCCGACACUUUGGCUCAAAUAGCAACCAGAGUCAUCCACACCGACGACACCCUUCUACACUCUUCUCAACAAAACGACAAUAACACUCUUGAGCUAAACGACACUGUCAACGAUGAUUUCGAAUUCGACUUCACUUUCCUUUCCACUGAUUCUGGCACUGUCUCCGCCGACGACAUUUUCCACAACGGCCAGAUCACGCCCACUUACCCACUCUUCGACCAAUCUUUGCUCAACGGCGUCGUUUCACGUUCCCCUGUUCUCCCUGAAACGGUACCUCGGCGUCGUCGUUUACCCCUGAAGAAACUCAUGGAAGACGAGGGAGAAGGUAAAGAGCUUGACGGUGUGGCAGCGGGUACGUACUGCGUGUGGACCCCACCUUGCAAAAAGAGCAGCUCCGCUGAGUCAGAGUCCAAGCGGUGGAAGUUCCGGGAUUUGUUACUCAGGAGCCAUAGCGAUGGGAAGAAGGACUCACUUUUGUUUUUUACAUCCGGCGUAAAGCACAACUCCACCGUUCAUGAUGUCGCCGGCGCGGCCAAGGACGGGUUUCGAUCGAAGAGGAAGUUAGGAAUUAGUUGGAUUAUUCAGUAGUGGCCUUUGUCGGAAUUGCAAAAUACGGAGUACUUUUAAGUCCCAAUUAAUUUUUUUUUCAAAAAAAAAGGAUUAAUCCUAUAUCACAAGUUAUUACCUUUUUUAUUUUGGUAAAUACACAUAUUAUUAUCCUUAAAUUCCGAUGGUUUUCUUAAGGUGUAAUUAACGAUAACUUACCUGAGUUAUUUUUACAAUACUGCAUGAGAUUUAUGUUUAA